CCGACCGUUACACCCCUUCCCCUCCCAAAACGCUCGCCUCCUCUUCCUCCCAAACCAACCAAAACGAAGACCACCUCCUCCCAAACCCUAAUCGCGCGAUGGAUCAUCAUCGACCGCUGCUGACGCGCCAGAGGAGCGUCUCGGGCGCCUCGGCUUCGUCGGCGACGGCGACCCCCUCAGAGGCGGCGGCGGCGGCGCAGUCGUCGCCGAUGAUGUCGCCGGCGAACCGGCACGUGCGGUCGGGGUCGGCGGGCGGGGCGGCGGGGCCCUUCCGGCGGCGGCAGAACACGGCGGCGCGCGCCGCCGCGCAGCGCCUCGCCCGCGUCAUGGCCCACCAGCCCGCCGAGGGCGACGCCAGCAGCGACGACGACGACGACGACGACGCCUCCUCCGCCGCCACCGCCCCGCUCCCCGAGCUCUCCACCCCUCGCCGCUCCACCCGCUCCCCCUCCCCCGCGUUAGGUCGUUAUCUUGCAGAACAAACUUCUACCAUUCGUCAUACGUCUGCCGGCCGGCCAUCCAUGGUCGCAAAAGCAAGUACGAUAAUACCGCCAAUCAAACCAGCACCAAAACCUGUUAUCACUUCAUUGGCAACGGAUUCUCCUGCUUUCAGUAGAAGAGAGAAAAUGAUGUCUGUUGAUUUGGGGAACUUGAAUAUGAGAGAAAAGGAACAUUCACGUUCUUCUUCUGCUUUUCAAGAUGAGAUUGAGAUGCUCCAAGAAGAGAAUGAGAACAUUCUUGAAAAGCUUCACCUUGCAGAGGAAAGGUGCGAGGAAGCAGAGUCAAAGGCUAAACAACUCGGGAAACAGGUUACUUCUUUUGGAGAGGGUAUGUCACAUGAGACUAAGCUACUAAAAAGAAAAGAAGCAGCGCUACAAAAAAGAGAGUUUCUGCCUCAGGAUACCUUGAAAACUGCUGCAAGGACUAGUAAUGCUAAGAACGAACAGCUUGCGCUCCUUCAAGAAGAAGCAAAGGCUGCUAAGGACGAGGCGGCAUCUGUCUCCGAACAUUUACAUGUUGCUGAGUCUGAACUUAGAACUCUUAGAACAAUUGCGCAGAAAAUGAUUUUGUCGCAAGAAGAGAUGGAAGAGGUGGUGCUCAAAAGAUGUUGGCUUGCACGUUAUUGGAAACUAUGUGUUAACCAUGGGAUACAUGCUGAUAUUGCCGAAGUAAAACAUGCGUAUUGGUCGUCACUGGCUCCACUUCCUCUAGAAGUUGUCUUAUCUGCUGGUCAGAAGGCUAAAGAUGAGUGUUCAUCAGAGAAGCCUAUUGUAGAGGACAGGGAUAAGGUGUCAUGGGAUAUCAAUGAUAUACCUGGAGAGGGAAAUAUUGAGAGCAUGAUUUUAGCUGAGAAAGGCUUGUGUGAACUAGCUUCACUAAAGGUAGAAGAUGCAGUUCUACUAGCUAUGUCUCAACAUCGACGCCCAACUAUCAAGUCCUUUUCAGGUCCACUGGUUUCAGCUGAAGCUCACAAUCCUGUUGAAGCAUUUGAUUUAAGUGAGGAAGAAUCCGAAGAUGUGCAAUUCAAGCAGGCUUGGCUAGCAUAUUUUUGGAGGAGAGCUAAAAAUCACGGCUUAGAAGAAGAUAUUGCCGACGAACGGCUACAGUUUUGGAUUGAGCAGAGCAAUCACUCGCCUACCUCACAUGAUGUCUUAGCAGUUGAGCGCGGCCUUUUCGAGCUGAAGAAACUGGGGAUUGAGUCCCAGCUAUGGGAAGCAAUGCGAAGAGGAAAGGAUUACGAUGCCGAUCAUCACGAAAGCCCAACUGGAUCUGAAAAGUAAUUGGGAAUUUUAUUUCUUUCUUCUGUUUUUUCUUGUUUUUCCCCUCCCCUUUGAAGGAUUGAAGGAAAACCCUGUUUCGGAGCAGAAUAAGGGUUUUGAUUGAAUGCCUCACUCAUAUAGAUCCUUAGAAGUUUUGCAUGCAUCUCUUUUGCCAUUUUUGUUUGAGCCGUUCAAUUGUAACAUUUUUCUUGUUGGCGAAUUGCUUUUGGCCUUUUCCUGGAUGAACCACAUUGUAAUUUUUGUAAGAGAGAAAUCAAAGUGUUUCGUGCACAGGUUUCUGAUGCAAAG